AUAGUGUUCCACAUUUUAUCUAAAGGGUUUAAACACACUUCCAUGCGAGUCUGUAAUUAAUAUUGCGUGAAAUAUUUUGCGAGUCGUUCAAAAGAAUGUAAAGUCUUUAUUUUAAAAUAUUGUGUUAAGUUAAUAUAGACACAUAGAUUGUGUGUCUUCAGUUUGUAUUCACAAAAGAGGUUUUACAUGUUUUUGCAAUGGAUUUAAAAAAACUCAGUAUUUUAAUAUUAAUGGUGGAAAUGUAUGUUUUACUAUCUUUGUUUAACCAUAUCAAAACUUGUGAGAAACAUUUAGAACAUAUGCAGAAACAGCAAAUAAUUAAAUCUUUCAAUUCAGAAGACAUUGUUUUUGAACGUAUGGAAGCAACUCCAGAAGAAAUAGAGAACUUGCCAUUCUUAAAAACGUUUCGAAACCCAUGUUUUUGGACGACAAUAUACUUAAACAAACCAAGAUUGCGUCUUCAGUGCAUACCAUACUUUUAUCUGGCCGGAUUUCCUAAAUGUGGGACAACAGAUUUAUGCAAAAGAAUGGUCACUCAUCCUCUAAUUUCAGGGAAAUGUGGAAAGGAAAAUCAUUGGCUGACCAGAAAAAGAUUUCUUGAAAACAACAAUGUUCUUUCAAAUUACUUCAACUAUUACGAAAGAAGUGUGAGAGAAGAUAUAUCAAACAUUUUUGCAAACGGAUACCAUUCAGCCAUAUUUGGAGACUGUAGUGCUUCAACUGUAUGGGAUAAUCGUCAUUUUUUUAAAGAGCAGAAAAGACAAAACAAAACGAAACCAUUAUUAACAACAGCAGAUAUAAUCUUCAAAUUAAACCCCAAUGCAAAAAUCAUUAUUAUAUUGAGAAAUCCUACGUUAAGGCUUUAUUCAGAUUACGUCUAUUUUAACAAACACAACGUGACUCCUGAAGAUUUUCACAACCGUGUGGUCAAAGGAAUAGGAGCAUUCCAGACAUGUUUAAGGUUUCAAAACAUAGAAGAAUGUGCCAACAACUUUAAUCAAAAGGACAGUGUCAGAUUGAACAUUGGUUUAUACUAUAUCUACAUAGGAUAUUUUCUGCGAGUAUUUCCAAAAGAUCAAGUGAAGAUCAUCAAGCUUGAAGAUUUUUCUGUUAAUAAGUUAUUCCACAUGAGAAACAUAUUUUACUUCUUGGAAGUAGGGAUCCCUUCGGCGGGUAUUUUGAAUCGUGUUGUAGAUAUGGCAAAAACAAACAAUAACACAGAGAAAAAAACAAGUGCUGGAAAUAUGUGGACGAAAACAGAAGCAGCUAUAGAUUCAUUUUAUAAACUGUACAACAAGAAACUUGCUGAGCUAAUAGGACAGGAGUUCAAUUACAAUACGUAA